AUGGCCAUCAGUUUUGGUAAAGGAUUACUUGUUCUCCUCCUAACCUUAAUAGCCCCAUUGGCAAUUAGCAAAGCUGAAACAGUUGUUGUUGGGGAGUCCGAGGGAUGGCGCUAUGGCUACAAAUAUACUGAUUGGGCAUUGAAUCACGGUGCCUUUUUUCUCAAGGACACACUAGUGUUCAAGUAUCCUCCUCCUAGCGACACCGUGCAGCCUCAUAGCGUGUACCUGCUGCCAAACCUGUACAGCUUCUUGACAUGUGACUUCAGCGGCGCAACCCUGUUGGCAGGCCCGAAUCAAGGAGGUGGAGAUGGCUUUUCAUACCAGCUAACUCAAGUCAGACCUAACUACUUUGCUAGCGGAGAGGGAAGCGGUGAUGACUGCAACAAAGGACUGAUGAAAUUCGUUGUCAUUCCUCUGUAUCGUCCUCCUUUCCCCUGA